AUGCAUGGUCUUCCUGCAGAUGGCGGAAAGGUGUUGAUAGGUUACGAGGAGUCGUGGGCAAAUAAAAUCUAUGAGACUCCGGAUCAUAGGACUGCAAUCAGAAAUUUGAGGCACCAAAGGGCAGCAGCUUGGGAUUUGAAAAAUGAGGUUGUUGAGGUUCAAGCUAUAGUUCAGAAGUCUGAUUUAUGGAAAGCAAUCGAGUAUGAACAUAAGGAUUGUGAUUCAGCGGCCGCCUAUGCCUUUGAUGAGAGAUUCUGCCCAGAGACAUAUACAUUUCAUCUUCCAUUCGGCGAGAUGACAAUCACAUCUGAUGAUGCGGAAAAGAUUAUACGUCUUAGAGCACGUGGAAGGAGUGUAAAUGCUGAAUAUUCUGAGUUGGAUUGGGACCAGCUAUAUAAGUUGGCUGAAGAAGUUCUUGGUUGGGAUCAUACUAAUACCCUGACGGAGUUUUGUAACGCCGCUAAAGAGGUGGACAACGUGCAGAUUGGCGGCAGCAACAAACCAAAGAUGUUAAAGUCGUUCAAGAUGAAACGCUUGAAAGAAAAAUUUGAGAAUACUCAGGAGAAAGUUUCGAGUGGGACCCUGGUGAUGGAUGAGGCCAAAAUAAAUCAGACCGUUGCUGCUUAUUUGUUGUACACUCUUGGCCGUAUUAUAUUUCCCGAUCAUAGUGGCAACAAGGUGACUGCUCAGUACCUCCAAUUCUUGAAAGAUCUCUCAAAGGUAAGUGAGUACGCUUGGGGAACCUCUUGUGCUGCAUACCUUCUCCAAUCACUUGCGACAGCCUCGAGGUGUGACCCUAGGAACAUUGGAGGAAAUUUUAGUCUCCUUCAGGUGUGGAUAUAUGAUCACUUCCCGAAGUUGAAAUUAAGCACACCUAUUGAGGUCGUGGAUGAAACACUUCCAACUUCGGCCAAAUAUGAGUUCAAGGACCAUAAGAAGAAGGAUAAGCCUGAAAAGUUAAUCAAUUUAAGAGAAAAACUAGAGUCUUUAGAUGGGACAGAUGUUGUAUUUGAUCCAUGUGUCCAAACUCUACCGUUGGGACAUACCCAAAAGUUCAAGUUGUUUCCUAAGGGAAGCAAAGGAACAAAUAGCACCUCUAGUUCAUGGGAACCCAAAUAUGAACCCGAACUGUCGCUUGAUCAUUGGAAGCACUUGGAGGACAGCAUUUUGAGUUGGGAUGAGUUACAAACUUUGCAUCAAGAUCCUCGUGAAGUUGUUGAAGGCUACAUGGAUUGGUAUAGUAAAAUUUCCCAUCCUUUAAUUAUUGAUAGAGUUAGUCUAGCUCAAGUCGAAGCUGAAAUGGCGAAGGCAAAAGCAAAGGAAGUUGCGGAGGAAGCAAAGGGAGCAAAGAAAUCUGACAAUGUUAUCCAUGAUGCAUCUGACGCAGUGGCGAUGAUGCACUGGCAAGCUAUUGGCUCAAAGAAAAGGGCAAAAAGAACCCGCCUAGAACCUGGAGGCCCAAGUGGAGGUGGUGAUGACAAUGAAGGAGGAAGUGGAGGCCAAAGAGGACAUGGAACUACCAAAAGAGGUCGUGGAGGAGGUCGUUAG